UUAGUGCAACUAUGCUACUCACGAUCGCAGAUUCCCAAGCCAUCUGUGUUCCAGCAGACCACAAGCUGCAUCACCUCCUGCUACGCGAGCAUCAUGACCAGAAUGCACACUUUGGAGUGGACAAAACGCCUGCAUCCAUUUCUGCAAACUUUUUUUGGCCCAAGCUCUCUCAUGACAUUCGUUCCUACAUACGCAGCUGUCACGCAUGUCAGUGCAACAAAGCUCGCAACGCAGCUCCCUACGGCUUGCUUCACCCCUUGGAAAUUCAUCAAGUUCCUUGGAGUCAUGUCACACUCGACUUCAUCACUGAUCUCCCUCACACCUCCUCUGAUUACAACACUAUCCUUACUGUAGUCGACAAGUCAGCAAGAUGGCUCACUUCCUUCCUACCUGUACAAAUGCAACUGUUAAAGCUAUAGCGGAUCUCUUCUUCAAGGAAGUG